GGUGGGAGCCACUGAAGCAGCAAGUUCGACCAGGACUGAGGACAAGAGAGAGCAUGGCUUCCCAGAGACUGAGACAUCUGGUGUGCUUAAUCCUCCUUCAGACAUGGACAUGGGAAAGUCUUGGAAAAGAUUCCCAGACGGCCGUCUAUGAACUACGUGGACAACAGAAUGUUCUGGAGUUUAUCCAGCAGACAGUGAACAAGCUCAGACCCGUGUCCAGUCUGGGCCCAGGUGCUAAAGUUGUAUUCGACGUCAAGCUCAGCGGGAACGGUCACACUGUAAACCCAACGAAUCCCAUCAUCUACGACAAGGUCAACAUGAACAAGGGAGAAGGCUACAGUCGCAAGACUGGGAAGUUCACGGCCCCGAGGUGUGGCCUGUAUUUCUUCAGCUACUCCUCGCUCCCCGGCAGAGGGACGAAGACUGACGUGCAGCUACUGAAGAACAACACGAGAGUUAGUUUGAUCCACAGUGUCCUGCCCAAGGGUAGUUCCCAGCUCUCCAUGAGGAACAUCAUCCUCGAACUCCACAAAGGGGAUAAAGUGUGGGUGCAACUGGUCACCGGCACCCUGUGGAGUGAAGGAGGGUCCCUCAGCUUCCAGGGCUUCCUGCUGGGGCAGUAAGCCGUCCUAGCAAUGCUUUGCUUCUGCAAACCCUUCCUGCUCUGCAGUUGAAAAUGCUUCAGCCUAGCUGUGAUGUUGUUGAAUCAACAAGUGAAGCUGACUGAGGGUGAGACUGGUUAUCGGAUGAAGAGAGACAGGGAGACACAAAGAGAUUGCCCAGGUAAAGACCAGGGUUAGAACAUUGCCUUUGGUGAAAGGUCUGAAGGCACAAACCCGGGAACGGGACACGGUCACUCCGUCCCGUCAGCCUGACCUGCUGGUUGUACAGAGCCGGCCUCGGGAAACAUGAUCCCAGACCUUCACCGUUAAGCUCCCUGAGAAUUUUGUGUGCUCCAAUGCCGUCAGCUUCCCUUCUCCCAAACGCUGGAGAGCACGGGGCGAACGUGCUGAUGUCUCCUUGUACAACACACCCUCCAUCCCAGAGAUCAGCCUGCUGAGCCUUUGCUGCAUUCCUUCCGCUCCAGGUACAUCCUUCUCAUGCUGGGACACCAGACGUGUCCACAAUAUCCCACGGGCCGUCCCUGCUCGGUAAUCUUCAGCACUGGUGUAUAAAUCGACCAGGUCACCCUGAGCACCAACUGCUACAACUUCCCACCGUUGCUCAGAUAAUUGGUGUUUCACACCAGGUGGAGCCAACAAAAUGUAACGUGUGACCGAGAACUGUUUGGUUCUCUUCCCUGAAGCAAAAUACUGCGGGUGUUGGGAAUCCAACACAAGAACCGGAAAUGGCAGGAAUACUCAGCAGGUCAGGCAGCAUCUGUGAGAGAGAACCAGAGUUACUGCUUCAGGUCGACUUGUGAUGACAAGCACAGACCUGAAACAUGAACGCGUUUCCUUUCCCCACAGACCCUGCCCGACUGACGAUUAUUUACUGCGUUUUCUGGGUUUAUCGCAGUUCUCAGUUUGUUUCCUUCUCCGCCACAGAGCCUGACAUCGGAAGGUGGGAUUGUCAAAAUUAUCAGUGCAGGGUUGGUGAGUUUGUGACAGUUGCCAUUCUCUGACCUAGUGCUGGGACCCAGAUAUCAUUUAUUAUCUCGAAUGUGUUCACGACGUUGUGUCCAGAAGCAGCAGUUGAACUGUGCCUUUAACGGUGUGAACACUGUCUGAGUGAUGUCAUCAAGGUCAACUUUCGGCAUCGCUCUCGGGGUGGGAAUCUUUGUGAAGAAUGUUGUUCCUCUCGUUACUGCAAUCUCAUUGGCUGAGAUGCUGACUGCUGAUUUUGUGAACGCAAAAUUAAAUGUA